AUGGGUAAAACAGUGGUUGUUGUCGGUGCUGGUCUCACUGGUGGUGCGAGUGCCAAUAGUAUCAAGAGAAAAUUGGGAAAGAAUGAUUCAGUCAAGCUAAUUACUACUUCAGAUCAUGUUGGUUACUUCCCAGCUUUGGUUAGAGUACCAUUCAGUAACAACUAUGAUGCGUUUGCUCCUUUGAGUGAGGUUAUUGAUGAAGAUGUUGAAAUUAUCCAAGGUCGAGUGGUUUAUUUUAAUGAAUCAAGUGUUUCUUUGGAAAAUGGUGAAGUAAUUGAGUUUGAUGCUCUUGUUAUUGCCACCGGGUCUAAAUGGCCAAAUCCAAUAUCUACUUCUGCUGUUUAUGGUAAUGAUUAUAAAGGUUUUUACAAAUCUGAAGGUGAAAAAAUUAAGAAUGCUAAUGAUAUUGUAUUUAUUGGUGGUGGGUUUGUGAAUGUUGAAUUUGUUGGUGAAUUGUAUCAUAUAUACAAAGAUGAUAUCGAGUCUGGAAAGAAAAGGGUAUCAAUCAUUCAAAAUUCUGAUAAGUUAUUACCAGAUUCACCAUUUUAUACAGAUAAGUUCCGCACUAAGAUUACUCAAUGGUUUGAUGAAACCGAAAUUAAAUUGUAUUUGAAAUCUAAAGGUGAAAUUACAGAGUCAGAUAAGGGACAAGUAAUCAUCAAUGGUAAUCAAAAGAUAAAAGCUGACUUGAUUUACAUCGGUAUUGGUGUACAACCAAUUGUCCCCAAAAAUGAAAUUUCUGAAUUAACUAAUGAUAAAGGAUUUAUCCGUACUAAUAAAAACUUCAAAGUUAAAGCUAAUUCAAAAGGUAAUAUUUUUGCCAUAGGUGAUGUUACAGAUUUCCAAUAUCAUGGUGUACAAAAACUACAUAAUUGGAUCCCAACAAUUGCAUCAAAUGUUACAUCUUAUUUACAAGAUGGAUCAAAUGCCAAAUUGAUUGAUGCUUCAACUUUUGAGAAUGAAAAUAUUCCAGCUGGUGUAUCAUUGGGUCCAAAUGAUGGAUUUGGUCAGUAUCCUUUCCCUUUGAUUGGGACUGUUAUAUUACCUAGAUUCUUGAUCGCAAUGGCUAAAUCGAAGGAUCUUUUCGUUUCAAGCUGGAGAAAAAUGACAUAUGACAACUGA